UGGCUCCAUCCAUAGUAUAAUAUUAUGAUCUACUAUGAUCCAUAGUAUAAUAGCAUGUGACUUAGUAGUAGUCCGUGACAUAAACAAAAAACUACUGAUAAGAUAAGAUAAGAAUAUUGAUCUAAUGUUCUAUAGUUUCACACACGCAAAUACGCAAUCACGCCUCCCGGACCAAGAACGUAAAUCUGACAUUUUCACGUCGAUUUUUUUUUAAUGUUGUGAUUUUACACUUACAGUGCGCGCCAUAUUUCCGUGAACAAAGACAAAUAUGGAGCUAAUUCCCUUGAAUUGGUCGAAAAAAACAUCAACGAUGGCGGCCAACAGCGAAACACCGUACACCUUACCUAGCCUGUCGAAGACGGCUUUCAACGCGUGUAUCAAGAUCUACCGGGACAAGUACUACGAGAAAGAAGUCCCAAUCGUUGACAUCCAGGUUUGUUGCGAGGUUCUUUUCGAAGUCAUGAAAUUGAACUCGGAGGACGGUAGUUUCAACUUGCUGGGUGAUAGACAGUCUAUGUUCAGAAAAGUGCAGGACAAGAUUAGCAUAGAAAAUAUAUGUGAGGAGGCGGCAUUUCAUGGUCACAUCGAAUGCAUGAAAUUCGCCCGUGCGAUUGGUGUUCCCUGGUUCGGUACUAACAUAACGGGUGAAUCAGCAUGCGAUCGAGCCAUAACCUCGGGCAACUUGGACUGCCUGAUUUAUGCCUUUGAGAAUGGGUGCCCGGCGAAUGAGGAAACGUGUGGCUGGGCGGCGUGGGAGGGCCAGUUAGAAUGUCUGAGGUAUCUACACAACAACAGAACCCCAUGGCACCCAAGAACGUGUACUUUUGCUGCAAAUCGUGGGCACCUUCAUUGUUUAAAAUAUGCGUAUGAAAACGGUUGCCGUUUUGAUAAGCUUGCAUAUACUUUUGCUGUUCUUGGUAAACAUGCUGACUGUAUACAGUAUGUGUAUAAUAGAACUACCCAUAGGUAUUUUUUGUAAGGCAGUUAUCAAAGUCCGCCAUGACGUAUGCCUCACUCAACAAUAAACGUCCAAAUUAAUGAACUACUAUCAAUUAACACCAUUCAUUUUUAUAUGUUUCAAGUUAUUUAUUUAUUUAUUAAAAAGUCUACAUUAUAAGCUCAAGUACAGAUAUAUAAUACAUUUCCGAUUAACAUAUUAUAGUAAUAAGCUUAAUAUUAUAGUCUUAAUACAAGAUAAAGAAAAUUAACAUAAUCGGCAAGAAUACUAUACUACAGAAAUAGUAGAAUAAUGUCUUUUUAGGCCUGGUAGAGAAUUUUUUUUAAAUGAGUUACAAACAUGUGGUUUGUACUUUAAACUAGUUAUACUAUAGUAAUUGCUUAACAAUUUACUUAAAACAAAAUAUAGACAAAAUGAUAAAAUUAAACGUUGUUUACUCAUGAUAAGAUAUGGUUGAAUUAACAAUACAGUUUUUUUUUUUACAUAAUUGUUCUAAUGAAUGAGCAAAAACAAUUUUUUAUUAUAUAGAUAGCCUAGUUUUCUAUUAACAUUAAAUAUAUACUUUUUAACAUCCAAUGAUAGAGACUUGAAAAUAGUAGGAUCUGAUAAUCAACAAAAUGUUUACCGAACUCAUUUUUUGUGUACCAUACAGCAAUGUCAUACACUAUAAUGUCACUCUUAGUGUCUUUUUUAAUAAUAAUUUUACUUGUCAAAAAUAGGAUAGCAAAUUGUUUGUACACAAUUUAACUGGAAGUAUCUUAUAAGUAGUUUAUAGUUUUGUGCGAUGGAACCCUGAAGAUUGUUUUUAUCCAAGCAUACUGAAUUAUUGUGUUGUAUUUCUAUAAGUCUUAGAACAUAAUUAUUAUGCUGAACAUCCACUCCAUGCUAUCGAUCCAUAUUGAAAGACAGACUUAUAUAAUGCUUGGUAAAUGGUGCGCAUAGUGUCUAUUGGCAAUAUUUUAUUUAAUUUGUAAAAUAUAUAUAAUAGAAUACUAUUAAAAUAUUUAUAUGAAUAUCCCAGCGGAAGUUACUAUCAAUAAAAAUAUCUAAAUACUUAACUCAAAAGAUCAUCAUUACAAUAAUGAUAGUGGAAAAAGCUAUAAAAAUAGUAUUACUUAUAAACAGGGAUAACUUUCUAUUUUUUAAAUAAUUAAACACUAUUAACACCUAAUUCUACUCUCCCCUCUGUACACUACACAUAACCGAAAGUAUCUGUGACAUCUCUCAUCUACUAUUUGACUGUCCGUCAUUGUAUUCCAAGCGUACAUCCUUGAUUAAUUAUAUUAAGUUUUUAAACAUUCCUCCCACUCUCCCUUCUAUACUCAACACCCAAUGCGAAACAGCUAUAAAAAAAAUAAUACAUUUUUUAUUGGAAGCUGGCUUUGUAAUUUAAGGUGGUAUCUACACACUUUAUUAUUUAAUUAGUUUUUUUAAUUUGUUACUUCUUUCCUUUUAAUUAUCUUAUAUUGUCUUACUAUAUUGUUGUCAUAGCUAUUAUUUGUUUUACUUAAUAAUUGUCGAGCUAUUAUAGUUUCAUACUAAAAGCUAUUAUAAUUAAAAAAAAAAAAAAAAAAAAAAA